AAUUUUGAAAAAGAAAAUGGAAUCCAUAUUCUCCCAUGUAUUUUUGAAGUUAUGAUAGCUUAGGAAAGAGAGAAUGCCGUGUCUCUCUCUCUCUCCUCCUUUCUCAAGCCACUCAAGGAUAAAUGUGAAAGAGAUAAUUGAUCCUUUGAUUUGGUCGCAAAUAUCAGACUGGAAAAUCCUUUCGUUUGCGCUCUCUGUCUUUUUUAUGCUGUCUGUUGUGAUUAUUUUGCAACAAAUGUAAUCCAACUUGAUAGGAUAUUUCUGACAACUCAGGCAGCGAGUAGGCAGUUUUGUGGACAGACCAACUGAGUUGAUUCUACAGAGCUUACUUUAUUGGUCAGACUCUGAUGCUACAGUAGGGAAAAAGUUUUUAAAAAUCAUCUGUGUAAGCAAUCCUGGAGCCAUCAAAUUAGUUGUUCGCUAAACAUUGGCCCUCUGACUUCCAUGGACUUCUGUCAUGAUUGAUUCCUUUUGGUGUAUUAACUUGUCAGCCAAGAAUAUAAUGUGUAUUUUAGGGGAAAAAAAUUAUUUUUUUUAUUUUUUAUCAUGUCUGCAUCAAGGAGAAGAUAACCAAGAGAAUCAUUCAAAUCAAAGCUAAAGACAACGCCUCUGUGUAUUCAUUAGAAUAAAACCUCCAGGCUAAAAAUGCUGCUUAGCUUUUCUAUCAACCUUAAGCGACACUUGGCGAAUUACGUUUUUAUUUAGUUCAUCUGAAAGCUUCUUUCAAAAUCUGAACCAUCCAAGCUUAUGUUCAUGGCAAUAUCUUUGCUCCCUUUCUUUUCCACACAAGCUCUUCUUCUCUUGAUCCUUUUAUUUUCCUCCACAUAUGUCACCUCACAAGCACCACCUGCCUCAAACUUUUCAUGUACUGUUGAUUCACCGACCACAUGCUCUACAUAUUUCACUUACCUUGCCCAGUCACCAAAUUUCUUGGACCUCGGAAACAUUUCUGAUCUAUUUGGGGUCAGUCGUAAGGAAAUAGCAAAUGCAAGCAACCUGGAGUCUGAGGACACCCCAUUAUUUCCAAAUCAACUUUUGCUUGUACCUAAACCUUGUGGUUGCACAGGUAACCGAUCUUUUGCCAACAUAACUUACCAAAUCCGGCAAGGUGAAAGCUUCUACUUGGUUUCGACUACUUCAUUUGAGAACCUCACCCGUUCGCAAGAGGUGGAAGCUUUGAACCCCAGUCUGACUCCAACCCUCUUGCAUGCUGGUGACAAGGUUAUAUUUCCUUUGUUCUGUAAGUGCCCUUCAAAUACUCAUUUGGAGAGCGGAAUUGCUUAUCUCAUUACUUAUGUGUGGCAACCUAGUGAUGAUCUCACGAAAGUUGCUGCUAAAUUUAAUGCCUCUGAACGUAACAUUGUGAUUGAAAACAACUAUGUGAACUUUACUGCUGCAGUCUACCUCCCGGUAUUGAUCCCUGUGUCCCAGUUGCCAGUUCUCUCUCAGCAAUACCCCUCUCCUGAAAGAAGAGAAUCCAGGAAUCGUUGGAUCAUCAUUGUUGCUGCUAGCAUUGCAAGCGCUCUUUUGAUCUUCCUUUUGAUUGCUUUUCUGGCCCAUAAACGUCGUUCAUAUAACAGAACUAAAGCUUUGGAUCGCGCUGGAUCUUGUUUGGAGACCAGCGAUCUCAUUCAAACAAAGGAACUUACAAAACUGGAGAGUUUUGAAGCAAAGAUCACACCAGAUAACCUGCUUCCAGGGGUUUCAGGCUAUCUGGGCAAGCCGAUCAUUUAUGAGGUUAAAGAGAUCAUGGAGGGCACGAUGGAUCUAAAUGAACAUUAUAAGAUAGGAGGAUCAGUAUAUAGGGCCAAAAUCAAUGGCCGGGUCUUGGCAGUGAAGAAAACCAAGGAUGAUGUCACAGAAGAACUAAAGAUUUUGCAGAAAGUCAGUCAUGCAAAUCUGGUUAAACUAAUGGGGAUGUCAUCUGGAUUUGACAGAGAAGGAAAUCGCUUCCUGGUCUAUGAAUAUGCAGAAAAUGGGUCGCUGGAAAAGUGGUUGCAUCCCACCUCUGAAUCUUCCUCAUACUCUGCGGGUUUCCUCACUUGGAGUCAAAGGUUACAUGUAGCACUAGAUGUGGCCAGUGGCCUGCAAUACAUGCAUGAACACACUCAACCAAGAAUCAUUCACAAGGAUAUUCGAACAACUAAUAUUCUUCUCGAUUCCACAUUUCGGGCGAAAAUAGCAAAUUUCUCAAUGGCUAGACCUGCCACAGACUCAUUGAUGCCAAAAGUUGAUGUAUUUGAUUAUGGAGUUGUUUUGUUACAAUUGCUUUCUGGAAAGAAGGCCAUGGUAACCAAAGAAAAUGGCGAGAUUGUUCUGCUGUGCAAGGAAAUCAAAGCCGUCUUGGAAAUUGAAGAGAAAAGAGAAGAGAGUCUAAGAAAGUGGAUGGAUCCCUGCUUGGAGAGGUUUUAUCCCAUUGAUAGUGCUCUGUGCUUGGCAAACUUGGCAAGGUUGUGCACUCUGGAGGAGUCUUCAGAAAGGCCAAGCAUGGCAGAAAUUGUCUUUAACCUCACAGUUCUCACUCAGUCAUCUCCUGAGACAUUUGAAAGAUGGACAACUGGGAUGGAAACAGAAGAUUUUACUCGACUCAACAGCCCUGUCACAGCUCGUUGAUUUAGCAUAGAAGUAACUGGGCUGACAAGUCCAAGUAGAUCUCCUACAUCCAAUUCUUGCAAUGAAAAUCAGUGUACAUUAACAAUCUUUCAGUUUAAGUUAUGGAUGGUUUUAUAGUGUGAAUAGAGCAAUGUUUAACCUCAUAAUGAGUUUAUAUUCUGGCUUAUUUUCAAUCUAUAACAUAAUAGAACUGUAAAGUGAAAGUAUAUAUGCUACUGCAUCUGUCAAUUGAACACUA